AUGACAAACCAUACAAUGAUGACCACAUUCAUUCUUCUAGGACUCACAGAGGAUCCAAACUGGCAAAUUGUAAUUUUUCUUUUUCUAUUAAUAACAUAUUUAUUGAGUGUCACUGGGAAUCUUAUCAUUAUCCUUCUCACCUUGCUGGAUCACAACCUCAAAACACCCAUGUAUUUCUUCCUUCGAAAUUUUUCUUUCUUAGAACUCUCACUGACAACUGCCUGUGUCCCUAGAUAUCUCAUCAGCAUAGUAACUAAAGAUAAAACUAUCUCCUAUGACGCGUGUUUGACACAAUUAUUCUUUGCCCUUUUCUUUGGUAUAUCAGAGUUUUUCUUGUUAGCUGUCAUGUCUUAUGACCGCUAUGUGGCCAUCUGCAAGCCCCUUCAUUAUACCACCAUUAUGAGCCACAGAGUAUGCUAUGAGCUCUUGUUUGCCUGUUGUUUCCUUGCUGUGUUAAGCAUAAUUCCUGGAGCUGUCGUGAGUCAGACUGUGGAAUACUGUGAUACACAUAUUGAUCACUUUUUCUGUGACUACUCUCCUCUUCUGAAAAUCUCCUCUACAGACACAAGGAUCAUGGAAUAUGCAAAUUUUAUUUUAGCAAUUUGCACGCUUCUGAUUACUUUGACACUGGUAAUAUCAUCUUAUGCAAACAUCAUAAGAACAAUUCUGAAGAUCCCUUCUACCCAGCAGCGGAAAAAGGCUUUUUCUACCUGUUCCUCACACAUGAUUGUUGUUUCCAUCUCUUAUGGAAGCUGUAUCUUUAUGUAUAUUAAACCUUCUGCUGAGGAAAGAGUGUCUUUCAACAAGGGUGUUGCAGUACUCACAAUUUCAGUUGCACCUGUUUUGAAUCCUUUUAUAUACACCCUAAGAAAUAAGCAAGUGAAACAAGCAGUGAAAGACUUAAUUAAAAAAUGUGUCCUUAAUACUUUGAAACGAUAG